AUGCCAAACCAAUCGAAACCCUCAAAAAAUUUCGUGAAAGAUCAGGCCAAAUUGAAAUACACCUCCGAUCUACCACCGACACAGCACCGGCCUGGCAUUUACAAUCGUCAUCAUCCUCAAGAAUGCGACCUCAUGCUACGUUGGAGACCGAUCCAUCUACAAAGAGACGAUCCUUACGAGGAGAAACAUGUAGUACGGAUCAUGAACAAAGACAAUAUUCGCAAUUUGCUGAUUCCGAACCAGGAUAUCUCCGUAUAUCCUUCUUUUUGGUCCAAGGAGGACUACAUACGCAUGCAAGAUAAGGCAAAAAUGAAAACUAUCGAGGAUCGACUCGCCCAAUUCAAGGCUAAUGAGAUAGAGAAAAAGAAAAUGCUCGAAGAAUCAGAGCGAAGAAAAAGGCGGCUGCAGGAAAUUGACCGUGAGCGCCAGCAAAAGGGCGGAAAAGUAAGCAACAUUCUGGAGGAUGGCGCAGGCGAUAGGGACUCUGACACGAGUCCUCGGAAAAUCAUCGACCGGGCGUUCCUUGCAAAACAAGAGCAAGAGGAAGAGGUGAAGAGGGCAAAUCGUAUCAUACUGGCCGCCAAGUGCCACAUUAUCCGAGACGCACAGAUUGCGGAAAAACAGGAGAUUGAAAGAGAACUUCGUACGGAAGAGCUGAGGCUGGAAAAGAUGAUGCUACAGGAAAACGAGAAGGCUCUCAAAGAAGAGGAGAAAAAACGUGAGAUCAAUAAGGUACUAACCACGCAGCAUUCCGAGGAAAUUCGGAACCAACUGCUGGAAAGGGAGAGAAUGCGUCUCAAAGAAGCAGAACGCAUAGAGGAAGAAGCCCGGGUCUUGAAGCAGGCCCAAAUGGCUCUAGUGGAAGAAGAAAAACGAAAGGAAAAGGAACGCCACGAUCGCGUGAAUGAAGUACGAUGCGGUUUGAAAAAGGCGUACGAAUUGUCCGCAUACUAUAAACAGGUGGAAUUUGAGGAGCAGCGGAUCGCAGAGCUGAAAAUACAAGAAUAUAUGCGUCAACGUAUGGAACGCCAAAAAAAACUCGAGUUCGAACGAAAGAUUGCCGCAGAAGUACGCGAAAAAGAACACGAUCGAAUGCUCAAGAUUCAGCAGAAACUUCUCGACACCAAGUCUGAGAAAAAUGACAUGGAUCUGCGGCGAGGACAAGAGCACAUUGAACGAGAAUUCCGACGUCGUGAGAAGGAAGCUGCCAUCAAAAAGAAAGAGCUGGAACAACAAUUGGCUGUAGCUCGGGCCGCCCAACUUGAGGCCGUAAAAACCGAAAGAGCAAUGCAACUGGCACGCGAUGAGCUUGAACAUAAAAAAGCCAUCGAAAAACUGAAGGAAGAGGAAGCAAAGGAGAUGGAGCAGAAGCGUAAGCAACUAAAAUUACGUGAAAGAUACCGUGAGGAGAUCAUUCAGCAAAUGAAUCUGAAGGAACAAGAGCGCCGCGAGAAGGAACGAAUAGCACGUAACGAGCAGCAAGCAGUGUUGGCAGCAGAAAAGAAACGUGAUAAGUAUGUCAUCAACGAGCUCUUUUGUGUUGCUGUUAUGGUUUUUCUUAUGUAUUCUUCCGCUUAUUACAGAAACAUCAAAACCAUAAUUGCCAACAAAAUCAAAAUGAUGAAGGAAAGCCAGGUUCCUGAAAGAUUCAUCAAGGACGUCGAGCGUCAGCUCAAUCUAGGAAAAUAG